AUGGCUCAAUAUUCAACAGCAAAUCGUCUUUCCAAGUCAAAAGAUCAACCUAGCCUGGAAUAUAUCAUCAAUCAUGUCCUCCUUCCCCUCAAGUUACCGCAAGGGAGUUACCAAUCCCUCGAGAACGACCUGGUCUUAUCUCAGGCAGUAUUUGAUGCUGCUAUCGCCUUCAGUCACCAGCUGCCAUCCAAUAAGCUGUUUCUUUGGAUGAGCAGCUUGAAAAUGCUUCGCAAUCUCAAAGAUUCAAUCAGAUUCAGCGUGAUGUCUUCAAAGGAAGUCGAAUCUCAAAUCAAUGCUAUGGGCACUGAAGAUGUCCUUGUAUAUGUGAUUCGCGCACAAAAUGCUGCGGUGGUCAUGAGAAAACUCGAAUCCGAGACCAUAUUCGAGUCAUUUGAGGUCUCUCCUGACCCCACCGCAGUAAUGGGCGCAAAGGGAAAGCUGAUCUGUUCUUAUCCUGGACCUGCUAUCACAGUUCCAGAUACGAACAUUGAUAAUGCCACCUUUGCCACCGAGCUCGCGAAUUUUCUUGUUUGUAUGGAUCAGGAUGUCCUUGAUGCGGCGGCGACAAGGAAAAAGGCUAAAUCCACUGUUCUCGAAAAGAGGGACACUUCACAUCCAAGAUAUAUCACGGAACUCCUGACUGGUAUACUGCGUGGCCUCGGGAGCAUCGCUGAUGUUCCUCGCAUCCGCAAGCGCAUCGGAGAUGAUGUGCUGUGGGACAGCGUGAAAUUGCCGUGGAGGCGGUCUCCACUUUGGCUUGUCAUUCGCGUUGCCUUACAGACAACUCUGGAGCGCAGUGCUCUUGGACGAACAACAUAUAAAUCGUUCAUGCUGUUCUUCAUGGCGAGGCUCACAACCCUUGCCCUCGGCUAUGGCUUGUCGAAUGAUAUCUUACACUUCAUGUCGGCGAAAAUUGCGUGCCGCCUUUUCAAGCUUGGAUCCUCUGCAUCUCUGGAGUUGUCGCAGAUGGUCAAUAAAGCCACCAGUGAUGUAAGGAGUGUCCUGGAGGAAAGAUGGAGAUCUGUUCAGAACAUGCAACAGAUCUCGCCUCUUUGGGCUCCUGAGACCCUCCUAGCCUUGCGAGAUACUCAUCUUUCCUUGAACACGAGCCGAGACCAUCACACGCGCGGGACAAUCAAUGAUUUCCUUGACGCCAAAACUAGCUUCCUGGUAGCUGCUCAUGCCUCAGAACCAUCUCUUGCCCUUGCAGAUUUCGAGACCGCCAUUAGUUCAGGGAUCGACGACUGGGUGGCGCGCGUUGCACCUCAGAGUAUUGAUUCCGUAUGCGUCUCGAUUGAGGCAUGCGCCUCUGCGUACUCCUCGAGAGCGCUUACGGCUUAUAAAGGAAACCCGGAGAAUUUAUCUAUCAUGCUUCUCACCCUUCUUGAGCUCUGGGUAGCCAUGGAUAAGAUCGUUGUUGGACAAACUCCACUCCUGGCAGAAUACUCCCCCGAAAUCCCAUUGACACUUUGGGAGUGUCUUUUAAUCCGCAAAGCUUCUGGCCUUGAUCGUUUGAAGAUGUUGUACGCCUACCUGAAAGCUCGUCAUUGCCAGGCUUCCAGCGGUCUCUCAGCAUUCUCGUUUACCAGCGAUGACAAGUCGUUCGCAGCGCGAUACUUUUACCAGUCAUCCAAGCUGCAGAGUUUGAAGGUUCGCAUCGAGGCAGAUGGUCAGAAACAGCGGGGGAAGAAGUUGACCGAGCUUCGGACCCUAAGCAAGAGGUACGGUGACCUGGAGACGCGCGCAGCAAAUUUAGCGCACGAAUACGCUGUCAACUCCCGCGGCUGGGAGUACCACAACAAAAAGCGUUGUCAAAAGUGUUGCGUGGAGAAGGAGAUGCAAUCCAUGACGAUUACAGUUCAUGAGUGGCCGCUACCAGAGCGUAAACAGGAGGCGAUAGUGGUCGUGUUUGAGCUAGCAUGCCCCGUUGCGUUCGACAUGUGGAGAUCCAUGACAUUUCAUGUCUUCGUUGAUAUCUGCACUCCAAACAAGAUUUCGUCCACUUGUCCCUUCAUGACACUGCAAAAAUAUGAUGCCUUGCAUCAAUACCGCACGUGUCACCCAAGCCAAAGGCUCACUUUGGCGUCAGAUGCCAAACCUUUCUCCAAGUGUCAUUACAGUAACACUCGCAUUCCUAUGCAGGACACCAAAGUCUGCGUGAACAAUGGACUCAAAUUUCGGCCUUUCGACACAACCACAGAUACAUGGGCGGCAGACGUACUACUGCGAUGCGAUGCCACCAAGCUGUGCACUUUCCUUCUUCCAAAGGGACCAUAUGAUGGUUUGCAACAGUAUCUUGCAGGGACAUCCCACACGUCAAACGAGGUUAUAGCUAAUCAGGCAGAUUGUCACAGGGACAUGACUAUAUACGAAUUCAUCGCGUUCGGAGCCUUGCGGAGUGGACCUCGCUUGCAAUGGAUGAACGUGCUACGUGAACUCCGUGCAAGGACGCUCAAUCUUCGACGUGAGGAGGUUCAUCUACUGUUGGCGCAAGCUAUUUCACAGGUUGGCCCAUUUUCGUCCGACGAUGGCCUUAUUUGGCACGAGGAGUUGAACAGCGUGCCCUUCCUGGGUGCACUACUCAGAGAGCUGGAGAAUUUGAUGGCGAGCGUUGAAGGGAAUUGGUUGGAAGCUGUCACAAUCGACACUAUCGUCAUGCUUGUGUGCCGCAUCUUGUCCUCGACUCAGGAAGAGAGUGUCAAACGUCGCGGAUACUUGUUCCUUCGAAGGAUACGAACUGCAACUUUUACGUUGUUGACACAACUAUCUGGGAAAUUGCAAGCUAGCAACGAGGAGACGGUCAGCCAGGAUUUACAAGCGCGCGUACGGGAUAUAGCAGUCACCUGUCGCAGCACUUUCGAUGUUGACGGAGACGCUUCACUGCUCCUGACAUCGGACGAUGACAUCAGGGUUUUUGCAUAUUGUGCGGUCAUGAUUUAUGACAACACUCCAAGCCAAUUGAGUAAUCUUCCACAACAUUCCAAGCUACUGCUAGAGCGAGACAAGAGAUGUUGCCACGCAUUAGAAUCAGCUAUUCGUCGAUACGCAGAGCUUCACAGGGAGGGUCUCGAUUCCGCGAUGGUCAAGAUUUGGGGCAGUCACAGACCAGGAACUCCUUGGAGGGCACUGACGGCUUCAAAUUCUCGUUGGCUUGUGGCGCAAACUGCUCCAUCGCAUUCCCAAUCACCACAGGACGUGCACAUCAAUUUGAUUAGUGGAUGCUUGCUUGUUGACGGGAAGCAGCUGGGCAGGCUCCCUUCAAUGAUAGUCCAACAUCCCACUUACCAAUCAAUUUUCGGCGAUCAAGUUCUGGACAUCGUUCCAGCUGAUAUUCCUGGAAUGGAAUAUGCGACCCGCGGGAACCUCUGCGACCAUCAGGUGUCUUUCUCUCUCCGUGACUCGAACAAUCUCAUCAUCCAUGCGAAGCAUAUCAAACACGACUCACCCAUCCUCCAGCUCAUUCCGAGCCACAAAUUUGAGGACGACCUACCCACAAUCUUGGUAGCAGGCCAUACUCAUUGGCUCAACCUUCGCACGAGGGAAAUCGAGAUUCGGCCAGCAGAGAAUGCGUGGAAAUUUUCGCCUGAUAAUUGGGUCUUGAAAUUUGCUGUUUCGGGUUCCUCGACGAUGCAGAAUUCCAGUGGUGCUACCCAUGUCGACAUACGCAGCCAGAUGUGGGAUAUGAUCUCCAAGAGGCUGCGUCCUCUGGAGGAUACAUGCUUCCUCAUGGUCACGUAUAAUACAGCACCCGGCAGCACUCCCUUGUUGAAGGCUGAUUUACCUCGUUAUGGCCUCGAGUUCUUCAUUGAUGAGGACGGAGACUUGCAGUCCCGUAACAUGCGCAACAUGGUCGUUGAUGUCAUUCAGUUUACUGGCACCAUGUUGGGAUUGGUUAAUCAACUCAUCCUGCGCCCGAAGUUGCAAGUUGCGGAUGAGCAUCCGCGCGUCGUCAUCAUCCCAGAUGGUCGUAUCUCAUACUCUGCGAAUGGUCACCAUGUCCGCGUCAUCAUCACUCCUGAAGGUACUCGAGUGACAUACCGGUUGUACAGGAUUGAUACAGAUCUACGCUGUCUCACUGGGAAUGUGGGUCUGACAAGUAAGCUCUAUCAGGCGUUCCUUUACGCUGUUACCAGCGGCUGCCUCCCUGAUCCCCUGACAGGCAGAACAGGGACAGAGGAGGCGUUGCAUCUCUUGCAUUCCGCAGCUUGCCGAUCGUUUAUGAGGCUUCGCUCUCGUGACACAGAUCUCUUGCGCGAGAUCAGUUCGCUGUCAACCAGGCGCGUCUGGUAUCCCAUUCAUCUUCAGAAGAUGCAGAAAAUUUCGUGGUCAUGCCUUGCGCCCCUUGCACAACACCAUGGAUUUCAUCCAGCCGCAAAAUCUAUCAUGGAUUAUGGCAUGCAGCUUGCGACUUUCUCAGAAGAGUCUGCAAACCUUCCGCUCGCCUAUGAGCUUCCACAAUUCACCAACCACCUUCUUGAGCGCGCGUCAGUUCGUGCAUCGGCGAUCUAUCCUGAUCAGUUCACUCUUCCAUUUCCACUCGGUGAUACAGAUGUUAUUUAUUCUUCACGUGAUAUUCCCGAUAAAGUCGCGGAAGAGAGGGCAUUUCGAACCGCCUUCAUGGUGCACAAGUGGCCAAGCAGACUUCCAGUGCAGCGUAAUCUCCUUGGUUUGUUGACUCAGUGGCAAAAUUUUGAGGGCAUUGGCGAGCCGCUCAGCUUGCAGUACUCCAAAGACUGGCUUCAACCAACUUUUCCCGACAUUUUCCUUUCUGCGUAUGACCGCUGUCGUAGGGCUACAAAGAAAGAUACAUCUCAACUAGUGUUCACCCUAGCUUCGGUAUCGUACAGCUUGUUGGAAGAUCAUGCGCUCGUGUCAACACUCCUAACCUUCGCCACAGUUCCUGAACUUCGUAGCUUGGGAGGCCCACCAAAGUUCACGUCCUAUAAUCUCUCGGAUGGCUUCAUGCUGUCUGAUACGAUAUUGGACAAUAUCAUCAGUUCGUGCACCGAAGAUUACGAAAUCAGCCAGGAGAGACACCUACCUACAAUGCUCGGAGAAGAUGAAAAAACUCUUGGGAGGCGUCGUUAUUCAGCUUUCGAAGACAAGUGUCGCUCUGAAAAGCAAGUCAUUCUCAGCAGAGUUCGGGAUGCCUGGCCGUCCGAAGAUCCUCCGGCACUUAAUACGCUGCAAGUGGACUGCUACAAUCUCAGUAUACUGUCAGGGAAACUUUCUCCAGUAUUUCGCAGCUGUUGGCGAAACCGUCGUCUGAAGCUACACCUGGAUAGCCUGCAGGGGACCCUAAACCAGUUCUACACUCCCAAUCAUCCUUCGAAACUACCCUCUCAAUAUGAUCUUGAGCCUCACCUCGAGGAAUCGGAUGUUGUAUCACCGGCCUCGUCCAUUGAUGCCCAGUACCUUUUCGGUCGAGAUGCACCUGUUAUAUCUAUGCAUGAGCCCCAAGUCCUUCACAAAUUGAGUCAAAGAGAUUCUAUAUCUCCAGACUCCGGAGUCACAACAAGGUUGCAACAGCCGAUCAACGACUUUCGUGCCCGAGGAAGUGGUGACAAGUUUCGCUGCAAAUAUGCCGAUGAUCUGGACCAGAGUAGGUCAAUUUACUGUGAUGAAAAGAUGGUUGCCCUACCAGAUCCUACGCCAUACACGAUGGAUUUACUGCUCGAGUGCCAUUCUCUCCAUAGCUGGCAAUUUCAAGAUUCACUCGCAUCUAUCUCAUACGCCCUCUCCCCUGCCUCUGCUGCUGAAAACACAUUAUACAAUGCUGGGCUAUGGCCUCGAGUUACACCAAAUUUCCUCUUCACUCGCAUGGCUUCUGCAGCAGGAAGUUCUUUGGGGAAGGCUUGGCGUGCUACUCUUAUCCAGUUGUCGCAGAUACUUUUGCAACUGCAACGCUCGCGAAGGCUGUUGGUGUUUGCCGCUAACAAAAACUGGAACGAGUUCUUCAAGGAGUUGGAGAGCGAAGAAUGUGCGGAAUUUGAUCCAGAGCCGUGCCCUGACUGGCUCUUAAUACAGAUUGAAAGUCAGUUCUUGGCACGGCCAGUCCAGGUCAAGGUUGCGCUGGAGAUGAUGUCGCCAUGCACAGGAAUAAAUACUUCUCUGCAGCUCAACAUGGGCGAAGGAAAAUCCUAUGUCAUUGUUCCUCUCGCAGCAGCCGUACUUUCUGAUGGCCACAGCUUGGUCCGAGUAAUCCGGCCUUGCACAGAGGCGUACCUUAUUCCAUUCUCCCGCGCACUCUCUAUCGACUCAUCGAGGGUGAAAAUGUAUCGCGACCUGAUGCAAGAAUCCAUGGAUGCCAAGGGCAUUUUGGUCGUGCAACCGGACCACAUUCUGUCAUUCCAGUUGAUGGCUAUUGACCGUCAGCUGCCCCCUCUGACUGAAGCUGCUGACCAUCAGCUGGCGCCCUCUCGGAUUGAAGCUGCUGGAGAUAUGCUUCGGACUCAGUUGUGGCUUGACAAUCACACACGCGACAUCCUGGAUGAAAGCGAUGAAAUUCUGCACGUCCGCUACCAGCUGGUAUACACUGUGGGCCUCCAAAGGUCACUUCAAGGUCAUCCCGAACGGUGGACGACCACACAGCAAGUGUUAGGUCUUGUCGUGAAGCACACUGCCAGGUUCAUGAGAGAAUUUCCCUCUCGCUCAGAAGUGUCUACUCGCGAGCACGGAGUCUUCCCUUUUGUUCGAGUUCUGCACCCGACAGUAGGUGAAGCAUUGGUCCAAUGGAUCGCACAAGAUGUCGUUAGCGGGGCACUUGACAACAUCAGCUUCGACCAAGCAUCUUUCCACGCGAAGCAGGCUGUCCACCAGUUCAUCGCAACUGAGAAGAUCUCCAACACUUGCAUCAGCUUAGUAGAGAAGUGCUAUAGACACACUACGGUCUGGCCCGGCCUCCUAGUCUUGCGUGGACUGCUAGCAUGUGGUAUCUUGGUGUACGCCCUCAAAGAACGUCGCUGGCGCGUGGACUACGGCCUUCCCCCGAAACGAACGAUGCUAGCUGUUCCAUUUCGCGCCAAAGAUAUGCCCUCGCUGCGCGCAGAGUUUGGCCAUCCAGACGUUGCUGUCAUCCUCACGUGCCUGUCAUACUAUGAUGGGGGUCUCACGCUCCAGCAGCUGAUGUUGUGCUUCGAGCUCCUGCUAAAGCAGGAUAAUCCCGCCCUUGAGUAUGAAUCCUGGGUACUUGGACUUCAGUCCAUCCCAGAAAGUCUGCGCCACCUCAGUGGAAUCAAUACGGAAUCCGCAGAGCAGCUCCUUUUUCCCAAGGAAGCGAAAGGAUUCCCCAGCAAGCUCACCUGCUCCGGGUGGGAUCUUGCUCAAGAGAAAAGACAUCUCACAACUGGCUUUUCUGGUACCAACGACAAUCGUUAUUUGUUACCAAGCUCAAUGGUGCAGCAUGAUCUUGAUUACCAACGCAGCACGAAUGCCCGAGUUCUGGCGUUCCUUCUGCGCUCAGAAAACAAUCACUAUAGACCCAUACCGCCCGGCCAGAAGGUGCGACAUUUCAUCGAUACCUUAAUCGCGCAAACCCCCGAGGUCCGCGUGCUCUUGGAUGUGGGUGCGCAGAUGCUGGAAUUGAAGAAUCAGGAAUUGGCCGAGACAUGGCUUCGAGCCAAGCGCGACGCCCAAGCUGCAGUCUUCGUGAAUGACGAUGAUGAAAUUGUCGUCGUCAGUCGGGAUGGGACAGUGGAGCCCCUUGUAUCGUCCCCCUUUGCCCAGCAGCUUGACCAGUGCGUGAUAUAUCUGGACGAUGCACACACCAGAGGAACGGAUGUCAAACUUCCUUCCGGCUUCCGGGCUGCUGUUACGCUUGGUCCGAAAGUCACGAAAGACCGCCUGACGCAAGGAUGCAUGCGAAUGCGGAAGUUGGGCAAUGGACACUCGGUCAUGUUCUUCGCUCCGACGGAAGUUGACCGAGGCAUUCGUUCGGCGACUCAGAAAGCUGAUACCGACGAUGUCGAGAUGCGUGCAUUCCACUGGGUUCAACAGGGAUUGGAUUUCAGCACACGGCAUUCCGCAUGGACUCAAUUCUCGCGCGCCCCUGCCACUUCGAUUUCCACCCUGGAAACAGCGUGGUUGCAGCCAGAGGAACGUUCAUUAGAGGAUAUGUACGCACCACGCAGUCCUUCACAAGUAUCCGACGUUUGCGAUGCAGACAUUCGAAGCAAGUGCGAGGAGCUCGGAGUUUCAAUGGGACCCGAAAGGAGUAUGGAUGAAGAACAAGAAAGGGAGGUAGUCCACGAGAUAGAGAAGGAACGUCAAGUUCAAAGACCCCCCAAACUAAAACCUGCAGCUCAGGACCUGCAUGCGGACGUUCGUCGAUUUGUCAAGACCGGCCGAAUUCCUAUAGGGUCCCCCGCAUUCAUUCCAGCGCUAUCCAGCCUUGUCAACACUACUGCUGAAUUUCAUGAAGGCAAUCAGUGGGCACGCAAUAUUUUAGUCACACGUGACUUCACUCGCACAGUGGGGAGUUUCCCUGUAAUGGAGAAAGCAGAUGAAUACCUGCGACCCGUCAAUUGGAUCGUAUCCAGUGACCUUGGAGUGCUGGUAGUCAUGAGCCCGAACGAGGUGGACAGACUACUGCCCGAUAUCCGGAACAGCAAUGUGGUUCACUUGUGCGUCUAUACUCCUCGCACCACAAACACGAUGAAGGCAUGCGAUGAUCUUCAACUCUACCGCGUUCCUUCGACACCACAUCUGACACUAUCGGAACCGCUGAUUUGCCAGCUCAACCUUUUUGCGGGUCAACUCUAUUUCUCCAGUUACGAGAUGUAUCUCCACACUUGCCACUUCUUGGGGCUUAACGCGCCGGAUUUGGGGGACGAGUACUUCAUAGCCGAAAGUGACGGAUUUAUCAGGGAGGAGAAUCGCCCUUGGGCGAGAGCAUCGUGUUCGUUCAAGCGAUCCCAGCUUCCUCCACUGAAGGAGUUAUUCGGAAUAAGAAGGAAAGGCAUGGGGUAUCUGCCAACUCACCUCGGAAAGAUGUUCAAUGGCCGCAUUCUGACUGAGGGGGAUUUUCUCGACUGA